AAACAGAAACGUGUGGGGCGGGAGACUUCCAAGGAGACCCUUCAGGUCCCCAACUUCGCAGCCGGAUCCCACGUACCCUGCCGGUGGGUCCCAGGGAAGGCGCUUCCAGGAAAGGCCCUUUAACAUUCAGGUUUUUAGUCAUUUCAAAGUAGGGAUCCAGAUGCACACGGCAGAAUGGUAACGGGGAACCCCCACCUCCCUUGUCGUCACUCUGCAUAAGAUGGGGGGGGGGCCUUGAUGCAGAGUCCUUGGCCCAGAUGGAGGAGGGAGGGCAGCCCUAGAGCGCAGAAGCAGCCGGGGGGGGAGGGGCGGUCUGGGUGCCCUCGGCUUGCCAAGGGUUAAAAGGAGCAGAGCGGGAUUCCUAGAGAGGACAGGAAGGGGAGGGCGGGGGAGGGCAAGGUCCUCCCCAGCAGAAGCCCCUCCCUGCCCAGUCCCUUCCUGCGAGCAACGAGGAGGCUGCUUUGUUCUCUCUGCUUUGCAAAAACUUCCUCGGUGCCCCUCCUGGAAUCUGGACCCUGCAGCUUGUGGUGGCUUCUCGACUCCUCAGGAAGGAUGAAAGAGACUGAAUCUGUAAACCUAGCGAGGAUGGAAGGGGGAAGAUGGACAGUUGACCUGGUCAGGUUGUCUCCUGCAUCCCUCCUCACAGCCUCUGAGCGUUCCCUCCCAGGGACCUCCGAGAGAUCUGGACCCUGCAGCUUGUGGUGGCUUCUCGACUCCUCAGGAAGGAUGAAAGAAACUGAAUCUGUAAACCUAGCGAGGAUGGAAGGGGGAAGAUGGACAGUUGACCUGGUCAGGUUGUCUCCUGCAUCCCUCCUCACAGCCUCUGAGCGUUCCCUCCCAGGGACUUCCGACAUAUCUGAUGGUGAUGAAUGGGAAGGGAAGAACAAGGGGGACCACAACAGAAUCCACAUAUCGGAGAAAUCAAAUAAAUAUUCAGAGUAUGGAGAGAACAUCGGCCAGAGCUCCCAGUCCACCUCCAAUCAACGAAAGAGCUUCAUUCGGAGGGAUAGCCUCACUUCACAUGAAAGAAUUCACAGAGGAGAGAAAUUGUAUCACUGCACAGAAUGUGGAAAGAGUUUCAAUCGGAAGUACAGUCUCACUUCCCAUCAAAGAAUUCAUACGGGGGAGAAACCCUAUCAGUGCUUAGAAUGUGGAAAGAGCUUUAGUCACAGAUCACAUCUCACUUGCCAUCAAAGAAUUCAUACAGGGGAGAAACCCUAUCAGUGCUUGGAAUGUGGGAAGAGCUUCCGUCACAGCCAUAGUCUCACUUCCCAUCAAAGAAUCCAUACAGGGGAGAAACCCUAUCAGUGCUUGGAAUGUGGAAAGAGCUUCAGUCACAGUCAGAGUCUCUAUUCCCAUCAAAGAAUCCAUACAGGGGAGAACCCCUAUCAGUGCUUUGAAUGUGGGAAAAGUUUCAGUCAAAGCUCCCAUCUCAUAAUCCAUAAAAGAAUCCACACAGGGGAGAAACCCUAUCAGUGCUUGGAAUGUGGGAAGAGCUUCAGUAACAGCACCAGUCUUGCUUCCCACCAAAGAAUCCAUACAGGGGAGAAACCCUAUCAGUGCUUUGAAUGUUCAAAGAGCUUCAGUCACAGCCGCAGUUUCGCUUUGCAUCACAGAAUCCAUACAGGGGAGAAACCCUAUCAGUGCUUGGAAUGUGGAAAGAGCUUCCGUAACAGCACCAAUCUUGCUUCCCAUCACAGAAUCCAUACAGGGGAGAAACCCUAUCAGUGCUUGGAAUGUGGAAAGAGCUUCAGUAACAGCACCAAUCUUGCUUCCCAUCAAAGAAUCCAUACAGGGGAGAAACCCUAUCAGUGCUUGGAAUGUGGAAAGAGCUUCAGUAACAGCACCAAUCUUGCUUCCCACCAAGGAAUCCAUACAGGGGAGAAACCCUAUCAGUGCUUUGAAUGUUCAAAGAGCUUCAGUCACAGCAAGAGUCUCGCUUUGCAUCACAGAAUCCAUACAGGGGAGAAACCCUAUCAGUGCUUCGAAUGUGGGAAGAGCUUCCGUCACAGCCAUAGUCUCACUUCCCAUCAAAGAAUCCAUACAGGGGAGAAACCCUAUCAGUGCUUGGAAUGUGGAAAGAGCUUCAGUCGAAAGGACAGGCUCACUUUUCAUCUAAGAAUACAUACAGGGGAGAAACCCUAUCACUGCUUGGAAUGUGGGAAGAGCUUCAGUCACAGUCAGAGUCUCUAUUCCCAUCAAAAAGUUCAUACAGGAGAGAAACCACAUUAGUGCUUGGAAUGUGGGAAGAGCUUCCGUCACAGCCAUAGUCUCUAUUCCCAUCAAAGAAUCCAUACAGGGGAGGAACCCUAUCAGUGCUUUGAAUGUGGGAAAAGUUUCAGUCAAAGCCCCUAUCUCAUAAUCCAUAAAAGAAUCCAUACAGGGGAGAAACCAUACCAGUGCUUGGAAUGUGGGAAGAGCUUCAGUCACAGCCGCAGUCUCGCUUUGCAUCACAGAAUUCACACCAGAGAGAAAUCUUCUUAGUGUUUGGAAUGUGGGAAGGCCUUCAGUCAGAGUGCCACUCUCAUGGCCCACCAAAUAAUUCAUACAGGGUUGAAAGCAUAUCAGCGCAUGGAAUGUAGAUAAAAUUUCCCUCGUAAAAAAGUCAAUUCAAGAACUCACAGCAUGGUGAAUAAUAGAAUGGUAGAUUCGGAAUCUAGUCCAACACCUGCCAACGCAGAAAAAAAUCAUUUCAAGCAUCCAUGACAGAUGGCCAUCCAACUUCUUCUUAUAGACCUCCAAUGAAGGAGAGUCCACCCCCUUCUGAGGGAGUUCCUUUUCACUGCUGGCUCUUACUAUCAGAAAGUUCCUCCUGAUCUUUAGGAGACAUCUCCUUUUGUGUUGCUUGAAUCGCCUCUUCAGAUUCCUUCAUGACCUUGAGAAGGACUUCUGUAUGUCUGAGAAUGUCCAGGGGAUUGGACCAUGCUCUAUAUUUGGGGGGAAACCCAUGGAGAGGAGUCUGAUAUAGGGCUUAAGUCGUCUAGGCAUUGGUCAGAUUGUCAUAAUUACAGACAUACUUACUGGUUUGGACGGAAGUGAUUCUUAUUCCAGGGGAAGUGGUGACCCUGAGAUUACAGGUGCUCUCACCAAUAUUGUCCAAACGUCCAGUAAAACUUUGACACAGCAGACCAAUACCCGCUGAGGUCAAUGUAUUAGGAGGUUAGGUUUAGGGCCGUGUGGUAUUGCUUCAUUGUAUGUGGGGUCCCUAUAAAGGGAACUUCUUCCUCUAGGUGGGAGGGAGACUGGUCAAUUUACCAUCAGUUGAAUGCAACAUUUAAGUCAGAUUUUUAAAAACGGAUUUGCAGAACAAAACUCACAGUUUGAAAGGCAGUUAUUAGGCUCCAGGGUUAAAAUAUUAUCUAAAUGUUACUGGAGUGGGAUACAAAGAAUGAAAUGAUAAAAUCAUGAAUGAGAAGCUGGGCCAGAGAUGUAGGACAAAACAUUGACUUUGCUUUAUGGGAGCAACUGUGGAAAGUAAAUUUAAGAUUUACAGCUAGCUACAUGCUAAGGGAAAACUUCAUGAAGAUGAUUCAGAGGAGUCAAUCAAGAUCAUCAAGGGUCUGAAACCAAGCCAUAUGAGGGGGGCUUGAAGGAACUGGGGGGGUGCGUAUCUAUUUCAAGUGACGUUUGCCGAAAUCUACGCUUGCAACAUGGGCUGUCAUAUGUCCAGAUUUUCCCGGACAUUUCAGCAAUUUCCGCCCAGACGCUGUUUACAAUUCUGGAUGUAUGGCAACCAUGUCUGUAUACAGUGGUACCUCGGUUUUCAAACAGCUUAAUUCCUGAACAACUUUGAACUCGAAUGCUGCAAACCUGGCAGUCAGUGUUCCAGUUUGCGAACUUUGCUUCGGAAGCCGAACAUGCUCCUGAGCUUCUGUUUUCACUGUUGCGCUGCUAAUUUGCGCCCUCCCCCAUUGUAAUCAAAGCCUUCCAUUUCCAAUUGCAGUGUUCUGAGGUGUUAUUUGGUGCUUUUGUUUUUGCUAAAAGUAAUGGCGUUUUUAUUUGGCUUUUUCAUUUUUGUGACUGUGGCUUCUUCUCUGUUUUUGAUUGAUUGUGUGACUGCGGCAAUGCAUAAAAGCCCCAUCCAAACAAUGUCUAUCAUCAGUGCAGGUAAGAAAAAAUAAUAAUUUUAAUUUUAAUCUAAAGUACUGUCUUCUUUCUUUUAUAGUCCAGUACAUUGAUUAUUGCUUUCAUUUUAUGGAUCAAUGAUCUCGUUAGAUAGUAAAAUUCAUGUUAAAUUGCU